UUCCAACGAAUUACGAGGAAAAAUGUUGAAUUUGCCACGUCAUGGAUUGAAUCUGAGACGUGUCAAAACAAACAAUCCCAUCUCUUGCAGGAUGACUGCUUUGGAACUAUUUCACAGAAUGAAGAAAACAUUUACAGUUGUCAAAGGAUUGUUCCUUGUCUGGUGUAUAUCUACAGUUAUCUCUACAUGUAUAGCUCAAGAACCUCCUGAACUUCAAGGUAUCACUGCAAGACACAAUUAUUUCAGACAUAUUUUCCAAGCACCUUCUAUUGAAUGGGAUGAUUCAGUAGCAAGUGCUGCUCAAACCUUCACCGACUCUGCUGCAGUUCUUGCUGCAUGUCCUGGACAGGGUGGCACGUUCCAACAUAAUACAGAUGGAGGAAAAUACGGUCAAAAUUUCGCUGGCUCUAGCUUUACCUAUCCCAAUCAAACGAUUGGUGAAACAGCAGUUGACUUGUGGAUGUUGGAAGAGAAGCAAUACAAUUUCCAAGACCCUGGUUUCUCCGAUAGCACGGGUCACUUUACUCAAGUGGUCUGGAUUGCAUCCACAAAACUAGGAUGUGGUUACCGGAAAUGUCCUACUUAUAAUGGCUUAACUCUGCAGUUUGUGAUAUGCAAUUACUUACCUCCUGGAAAUGUCAUCGGAGAAUUCGCUCAAAAUGUAAAGCCGCCAAUCACAAACAACAUUGACUUUACUUCUUUACCUUCAGCAACAGUAUCCCCAGUUACUACUUCUACAGUUAGCCCAUCUACAACACCAUCAACAACUCCAACUAUCCCAACAGUGUCUCCUACUGCUGUUCCUUCUACAACUGCAGUUCCUUCCACAACUACAGUUCCUGUUUCGACUAUUGUUCCAUUUACUUCAGGGCCAACUUUGUCAAGAUGCAACUGUACAUGUGAGAUAUCUUAAAUUGGAAACUUCUGAGUAUAUUCUUCUUCUGUUUUGCAUUUCUUUGAUUAAACUGAGUAUUUUGAGU